AUGCGCAUCUCGCUCUCCCUCCACCUCACCCUCCCUGUCCUCCUCCUCGCCCAUGCGUCCCCCGCCGACGCCGGCCUCUUCGCCCGCGGCACCGAGCAACUCGCGCGCACCGCGAACCACCUGCACCACCGCGCCGCCAAGCACAGCGCGGGGCUCGCCCGGGAUCUCCGCCGCGCGUUCUCGGCCAUGGUCUCCACCCAGGAGCUCGUCGCGACGACCGGCUCCGCGCAGAAGGUCUACUGCGUCAACACGGGUUCGUCCCUCACCGGGGACGGCGGCAACGGCAACUCGUCUGCCGGACACUCACCGUCCACAACUUCCGGUGCGUCGGGCGCAAGCGGGACAAGCACUAAGCACUCGUCCACCACAGUGGCCGCGAAUCCUGCGUCCUCUUCUGGAUCCUCGCCGUGGAAGCUUGCUCAGCACUGGGAAGGGAACGAUUUCUUCGAUGGCUGGGACUUCUGGACAGACGCGGACCCCACGCACGGCACUGUCGACUACGUCAGCCAGUCGACCGCGCAAUCCGAAAACCUCAUCGAGAUCAACGACGCCGGGCGCGCGAUCAUGCGCGUCGACACCACCCAGACCGUCUCGACCGCGCGCAAGUCCGUGCGGAUCACGACCCAGUACUCAUACAACGGCGGCCUCGUCCUCCUCGACGCCGUGCACAUGCCGACCGGCUGCGGGACCUGGCCCGCGUUCUGGUCGAACGGGCCCGACUGGCCGAACAAGGGCGAGAUCGACAUCCUCGAGGGCGUGAACGACAACUCCGCGAACCAGGCCACGAUCCACACCGGCCACGGCUGCACGCUCCCGAGCUCGAGCCCGUCCGCGCUCAACAUCACCGGCACCGUCGUCGGCGGCACCAACUGCGCCGCCGCGGAGACGAGCAACGCCGGCUGCGGCAUGGUCACCAGCCAGGACAACUCGUACGGCGUCGGCUUCAACAGCAACAACGGCGGUGUCUACGCGAUGCAAUGGGUCGACUCCGGCAUCUCCGUCUGGUUCUUCCCCCGCAACAGCGUCCCGGCCGACAUCUCCAGCGGCGCGCCCAUCCCCACGGGCUGGCCGAAGCCGAUGGCGCACUGGCCCGCGACGGACUGCAACCCGUCCACGUUCUUCCAGGACCACGUCCAGAUCUUCGACACCACCCUCUGCGGCGACUGGGCCGGGAACGUCUGGGGCUCGACCGGCUCGCCCGGCCAGGAGCAGAGCUGCGCGACCCGGACCGGCGUGGCGACGUGCGAGGAGUUCGUCCUCAACCACGGCUCGUCCUUCAGCGAAGCCUACUGGGAGGUCAACUACGUCAAGAUCUUCCAGUAG